AUGAUUAACACCUUUGCAAAGCGAUGGGUUACAGAAUCUACUUCAAAUGAUAUUGAAUAUGCUUUAUUUUCUAUCAAUAAUCACAUAAUAGAAGUACCAAAGGAAUAUUUGUAUAAUGAUAGAGCACGAACUACAAUAAUGCAAACGAUAGUUAAAUAUAAUGAGACAGAUAUUAAUAAUGGAAAAGUCAUUUCAUUAAGAGGAGGGAGAACUGAAGAAAAAGAAUUUCGAACUUAUUUAAGAUAUUUAAGAGGAAGUGUUUUUUGUGAAAAGAAAUUAACAGUAAAAAAAAUGGCUCGAACCAUUUCAAUUCUUCUUCAAUUUGGAGUUGGGAUUAAUAGUUCAGUAAAAUUACUUGGAUUAAAUGAAGAAACCUGUGAAGAAAUUAUUGCAUAUUUUCUUGCUAUGUUAAAUACAAAAACAUUAAAUUUAAUUAUGAUAAUGGAUAUUGAUAGAAGUUGGAAAAAUUUAUUAGAAAAUGCAUUUGGAACAUUAUCUUUUUAUUAUGGAGAAGCAAUGUUAUCUAAUAUUCAAGUAUUAGAAGGACUUGGAAGAUUUUAUGAUAAUUUAGAUUUGGUUCAUGCUUACCUUUCUGAAAUGUCUCAGAAAGAAAUGAAUCCAAAACAAUUAAUAGAUAUUGAUCAAGUCUUUUGCCCAUCAAAAGAAAAUAUUUCAGAAACAAAAAUUAUAUUAGGUGGUGGAAGACAUUUUGAUGAAGGAUUUGAACGUAGAAAAAGUAAUUUGGCUGGAUCUAUUCCAAAGAAAGCAUCUAAAAUUACAACAUUUAUUGGUGAUGAUCUUAAAAAAUUUAUUAUUGUGCAGUUAGGUAUUGAGUCAUGGUUAGUACGUUCUAUGUUUGUUUUUAAAAAAAUGAAAACAAGACAAAUGGUAAUUGAAGAAUGGAAAACAACAGAAUUUAAUUUAUGUGAGAAUAUGAAACUAUUAAAAGAAUACUUUAAAGAUCCUAUGCAACAACUUAUUAUUGAUAAAACGAUUGAUGGAUUUGGUAAUAAAGAAUAUAAUACACUAUUUUCUACAUUAAAUGAAUGUAUUGAUUGUUCACAACAAAUGGUAAAUGAAAUGAAUAAAGUAUUAACCCCACAAAAUAUGAAAUGUGAUUUUACUUUUGGUAAAUAUGCAGAUCAAUGGGUAGUAUUAGCUCGUUAUUUAUUACCAUAUACUACUGACUAUAAUUAUGCUAAAGCUAUUUUUGAUAAAAUUAAACAAACUGAAGAAGGAAAACAAUUUAUUGAUGAUUGUCAACAAAAUAUUUUCAUUAAAAAAAAUACUCGUCCAUCUUUUGAAGAUUUACUCAUUCAACCAGUACAACGUCUCAUGAGAUACCCAUUACUAUUAAAAGAAAUUAUUAAAAAUACAGGACCUCGACAUCCAGAUCAACCAUUUCUUAAAACAGCAUUCACUCAUUUUAAUUAUUUCUCUAAUCUUGUUAAUGAAUUAGGAAAGAAAAGAGAUGAAUUAAAAUAUGUUUCACAAUUACUUGGAGAUGAAAAUAUUUUUGUCAAUAAUAGAUACAUGUAUUCUGAAGCUAUGGUUACUUAUAAAAAGAAACAUUGUUACGCUUUCUUAUUUAGUGAUGAAUUAGUAUUUGCUAAAGAACAAGCUGUUCAAGAGAAUAAACCACUUCUUGCAGCAAAUAAAGCAACAAAAAAAGUUAAAAUUGAAGCAUUAAUUUGUAUUAAUGAUAAAACAGAAGUAAUGCUUUCAUCUAAUGUAUUAAAUAUUAAAAUUGAUGAUGUUAGUUGUUUGUUAUCAUUUGAUAGUAUAGAGAAAUGUAAAGAGUGGAGUCAAACUAUUUCUAAAAAUAUUACUUAUGGAUGGUGGGAUUUAAAUCGUUCUGAUUGUUGGGUAGCCCAAAUGAGAGAUGCAGAUAGCGUAGAAUAA